CAGCAGCAGCAGCAGCAGUCAUGGUCUCUCGUUCUUUCCUGCUGGUUCUCACCUGCCUUACGGUCCAGAAGGGAGCAUCGCAGAGCGUUUCUGAUAUCUGUUCCAGAUAUCAGACACAACCAAUCCCUGCAAAAGACAUUACAGAGUAUAAAGAAACAGGUAAUCGGUGUCCAAAACCUGCAGUCAUCUUGACCCUGAAAGAUGGUCGUCAGGUGUGUGCAGAUCCCCAAGAAAAGUGGGUGAAGAACAACAUGAACAAUAAUGACCAGCGUCUGUCUAACAGUCGGAACAAACCUGAAGCUACAAGUCAUCCAACUCAGCAAGACGACUCAGAGGAAUUGGAGCCUGUCAAACCUGUUUUAACCACCUCAGAUAAUAUAGAACAGCAUGAUAAUCCAGUCUCUACUGCCUCACCCAGUAGAAAUGAGCAUGAUAAACCAGGCUCUACUGCCUCACCCAGUAGAAAUGAGCCUGUUACAACUGAACAAGUUUCUACUUCAUCAGCCAGUCAGGACUUGGGUAUGGACACAAGUGCAGAGUCUGGAAAGACAGAUUCUCCUGUCACACUGAUUAUGAGAAUGGUGGAAGUGACUGAAAAACGGAUGUUCUGCUUGUGCAUGGGGUCUGAAAUUCAGUCAUUAUCCUUUCAUAUUAUAGGUCAAAAAAUCAGAAUAAAUCCUGAAAUACAGAAUUUUCAUUACAUAAUUGCAUCACAAGGACAAGGAAACACUUCUAGGAAAUGUUCCCCUUGUUUAUCUUCCAUCUGUUACCAUGGGGCAAAAAAAUAUUUAGUCAGCCACCAAUUGUGCAUGUUCUCCAACUUAAAAAGAUGAGAGAGGCCUGUAAUGUUCAUCAUAGGUACACUUCACCUAUGAGAGACAGAAUAGGGGAAAGAAUCCAGGAAAUCACAUUCGAUAAUUAAUAAAUUGGUAAUUUCCUCAGUAAAAUAAGUAUUUGGUCACCUACAAAAAAUCAAGAUUUCUGACUCUCACAAUUGGACUUCUUCUUUAAGAGGCUCCUCUGUCCUCCACUUGUUACUUGUAUUAAUGGCACCUGUUUGAACUCGUUAUCACUAUAAAAGACACCUGUCCACAACCUCAAACAGUCAGACUCCAAACUCCACUAUGGCCAAGACCAAAGAGCUGUCAAAGGACACCAGAAACAAAAUUGUAGACCUGCACCAGACUGGGAAGACUGAAUCUGCAAUAGGUUUACUGCAAUAGUAAGCAGCUCGGUGUGAAAAAAUCAACUGUGGGAGUUAUUAUUAGACCAAAAGGGACCAAAGUAACAAAGGCUACAAUCAGUAACACACUAUGCUGCCUGGGACUCAAAUCCUGCAGUGCUAGGUGUGUCCCCUUGCUUAAGCCAGUACAUGUCUGGGCCCGUCUUUUCAGCAUGACAAUGAACCCAAACACACGGCCCUUGCAACGAAGGAGUGGCUUUGUGAGAAGCAUUUCAAGGUCCUGGGGCCUGUUUCAGAAAAGAGGUUAAGUGAAAACUCUAAGUAUGUUAACCCUGAAAUGAGGGAAACUCUGGGAUUUCCGUUUCAGAAAGGGAGGUAUGUUAAACCCGAGAAAGCAGGUUCAGUUAAGCCCAUUUCUGAAAGAGAGGUAACUUAUACUCAGUCAGUUACCAUAGUAAUUUACUCUGUGAACCUAACCUGGUUGGGAGCAGGUUUUCUUCGGUAAAACCAGAGUUUCUGCCGGUCGUCUCCCCCUUUUUUAAAGAUCAGACAUCAGUUCUAUAACUACAGACCGGUAUCAGUUCUCUCGUUUCUUUAAAAAAUUCUUGAAUUCUUGAGCAAUACCUCCAAGAUCUCAACCAUUCUGGCUUUAAAUGCAGCUCAUUCCACAGAGACAAUCCUUUUGGAUGUCUCUGAGAAACUACAUGCUGC